UGCUUUUUCCUUUGUCUUCAAGUAGAUCUCUCCCUCUAACUCUCUUCAAAAUCCAGGUUGUUGGAAGAUGUAGUUUGGUAUUUUCCCAGUCUACUUUACAUUGCUCAAUGCGUACUCAUCAGAUGAUUUGCCUAAUAUCAUCUGCUCUCUUUUAGGAUGCUAUACUUGAUAAUCAUUUCCAUUUUCACCAUAGUUUCCUUUAGUAAAAGCUCGACUAGAGUUUAGCCUAACCUGUUCAUUGAUCUUUCUCGGCAAUCAGUGCCGGCACGGUUCAUCUCUUACUUCCCAGGGUUGUCAUGAAACAUUGUUUCUCUAUCCAGUCGCCUGUUCCACAUAGUCCAGUAGAUUUAAAUCCUAAAAACAGAAGUUAAAUCCAUCCAAGCAAGAACCAUUAUGCCUUUUGGAUUGGUCUCCGCCUGGAAUAAGCGCCGGAGAAGCAAGUCCCAAGAUCACACAGAUCCCUGGGUUUAUAAACCGGUCGAGUUUUGGCAACUCGAGGAUCAAACUCAAACUCCCCAGUCCACGAAACGGCGCCAUGGAUCUUCUGUUUUCACACUCAAGGAAAUGGAAGAGGCAACUUGCUCCUUUAGUGAUCAAAAUUUUCUUGGAAAAGGAGGAUUUGGCAAAGUUUACAGGGGCACGCUGCGGUCAGGAGAGGUUGUAGCAAUCAAGAAAAUGGAGUUGCCACCGUUUAAAGAAGCUGAAGGAGAACGAGAGUUUCGCGUAGAAGUCGAUAUCUUGAGCAGACUCAAUCACCCAAAUCUGGUUUCCUUGAUAGGAUAUUGUGCUGAUGGGAAGCACAGGUUUCUAGUGUAUGAAUAUUUGCAAAAUGGGAAUCUGCAAGAUCACUUAAAUGGCAUUGGGGAAGCAAAAAUGGAUUGGCCCUCAAGGCUUAAAGUGGCAAUUGGAGCAGCAAGGGGACUAGCUUAUCUCCACUCAAGUUCUGCUGUUGGGAUACCAAUUGUUCACAGAGAUUUUAAAUCCACUAAUGUUCUCCUAAAUGCCAAUUUUGAUGCAAAGAUAUCAGAUUUUGGGCUUGCUAAGUUGAUGCCAGAGGGCCAGGAGACAUAUGUGACGGCUAGGGUUCUUGGCACAUUUGGCUAUUUUGAUCCAGAGUAUACUUCGACCGGGAAGCUCACUCUACAAAGUGAUGUUUAUGCAUUUGGAGUGGUUCUUCUUGAGCUUUUGACAGGACGCAGAGCUGUGGACUUAAGCCAAGGACCAACUGAUCAAAACCUUGUGCUACAGGUUAGGCAUAUAUUGAAUGAUCGGAAGAAAUUACGUAAGGUGAUAGAUCCAGAGUUAAGUCGGAGUUCAUACACAAUGGAAUCCGUAGCCAUGUUUGCAAACCUGGCAUCACGCUGUGUCCGUAUUGAGAGCAGUGAGAGACCCUCCAUGACUGAAUGUGUAAAAGAACUCCAAAUCACACUAUAUACAAAUUCAAAAGCCUUGGGCGUGUCAUUACAUUCAUUCAAAAUGGUCUAGCAGACCCUGAUGAAUUAUCAGCGGAGACAAAUUGCAACACAUCAGCAAUAAAAGAAUUCUUUUCCUUCAA